AACAUCUGAAAAUCGCGGACCAGUCUCGUAUUCGCGUGCCCACGGCGUUGUUCGAGAUACGAAUAUUGGAGCCUCGCUGCUGCUCCGAUUUCGGACUUUUGAGCGGAGGUGAGAGAAUUUCGCACGGUGGCAAGGGUGAACGGCGGCUUCCUUCGGGGGGUCGCUUCCUCCGGCGAGAUCGCUCGUCGCGAAUCGUUAGUCUCGUUACCACGCGAAAGAGUUGACCGUGCCAUUUCUCUCUCUACCAAGCGCGACGCCGCCGGCCAAUGAGGUCGCGCGUGGUGGCCGGCCAUUUUACUUUCGCUACGAUCGCGCGAGGCGGCAGCUGAAGGAUCUCGGUCGGGUCUCGCCAUACCGUCAUGCAGUUUCGAGGAGGAUCGUAAGCGGGAGCAGUUGGGUUCUAGUCUGGCUCUAGUCCGAGGACUUCGCCGCAUCCCGCGUCCUGCCUGCAGCGGCACCGGCGUAUCCGCGCGACUCGGCGCACCGCGAUCCCCGUCCGACGAGCAAACGUCCGCCGCGAUGGUCCUGGCGGAGAGAAAUUCGGAAAACGUGCGUAACGGCCGCCGAUCGCGAGGCCCCAGCCCCAACGCACAGACCGAGUCGUCCAGCGAGGAGGAAGGAGUUCCAGCGGAGAAAAUAAGAGUUGGUCGAGAUUAUCAAGUCGUCGUUCCAGAAUUUGUUCCUGUUAAUGAACGUCGCUUGGAUCAGUGUCCUGAUAGGGCAUUGUUAGUUUGGUCACCUACCACUGAUAUACCAGAUCAAAAAUUGGACGAGUACAUUAUAUUAGCUAAAGAGAAGUACGGUUACAAUGGAGAACAGGCGUUGGGAAUGCUGUUUUGGCAUAAGCACAAUUUGGAGCGUGCAGUUCUGGAUUUGGCGAAUUUUACACCAUUUCCCGACGAGUGGACGGUCGAAGAUAAAGUAUUGUUUGAGCAAGCGUUCCAAUUUCAUGGCAAGAGUUUCCAUCGCAUCCGGCAAAUGCUGCCUGAUAAAUCUAUUGCGAGUCUGGUGAAAUACUACUACAGCUGGAAGAAGACGCGAACUAGAACGUCACUCAUGGACAGGCAAGCGCGUAAAUUAACGAGUGGCUGUAAAGAAGGCGAGAAUGGCAGUGAAAAUGGAAGUGAGCUUGGCUCCAACACUGAUAGCGAAUCCGAAGAAAAAAAAUGGACGAUCCACCGCGGAAUACGUCGUGGAAAGAACCAAGCUGUGCCAGGAAGCCAAGGCACUGACGCUAAGGCCCCAUCCGACUCGGAAAACGCCCCUCAGGUUCAGGGCUCGUGUAGCAACUGUGGCGUUGCGUGCCAUAGUGUUCGUGCGACGCCCAAGGGACACGCGUGUCAUAGCUGCUAUCUACAUUGGAGGCGCACCGGUGUAGCAAGACCGUUAACUUCCAUGCCGGGUCGUACGAAUAAAAGAAAACCACCCCGGGGCUUGGUUGUGAAUCACGAUGAUUUGGCGGCGUUGGCUGGUCAACCAAAUCAGGCCAACAACAGUUUGCAAGCUAUCGACACUGAGAUCGUUAGCCUAAAACGUCAAAUACAAGCUAAUAAACAACAAGUGAGCGCUCUGAAACGAAAGACAACCGAUGGCAUCGAUCAUCUACGACCGCCGGAAGUGUCAAGCCGUAUAAACGCUCGCUGGACAAAUGACGAACUGCUAUUAGCCGUUCAAGGCAUUAGAAAAUACGGAAAGGAUUUCGCCGCAAUCGCUGAAGUUAUUGGAACCAAAACUGAAGCCCAUUUACGAUCAUUUUUUGUAAACUAUCGACGAAGAUAUAAUUUGGAUGCAGUUCUAAAGGAAUUUGAGGCUGAAAAUGGUCCCAUUCUUAUCGAUGACGAAAAAGAAGAAAAGAUGGACGUUGAUCAAUCAAAUGAUACUGCAGAAUCGUCUCAGAAAGGGAAAACUUCCACUGGACCCGGACAAGCUGCUAAAUAACAAAUGAGUAUAAUCUCAAAUACAAAACGAGAAAAGAAUAAUUGCAGGCUCAGUGAUAGUAGCCGAUAAUAGCGUUGAUUUAUUGAAUUUAAUCAUUUGAAUUUCACUUUUUCAAAUUUUAUUUCAUCUCACUCAAGAGCGAUAUGUGGAACACAGAAAUUUACUUUUUUUGAAGAUCCAAACUUAGCUGCAUGAUGAAUAGCAUCAGGAUCAUCUAAAUGAUGUUUGUGUUACGAUAAUGCAUUUAUUAUAAUCUGAUACUCUGAUGAGGCAGUUUUAUCGUCUGUACCGAAGGCUGGAUUUUAAUCAUCUAUAUUUGAAAGAUAGUUAUGUAUCAUACAUUAUGUAUUAUACAUUAUAUUGAAAAUGUGUAUCAUACAUGUGUGUAUCAUACAUUAUGUUAAAACAUUAAAAUUCUUACUGAGAGCGCGUAUUUGCAAAAAGAAAAAAACAAACACGCAUCACACGUAUGAUAUACCGCAAAACGCUUAUCACACUAUAUAUUGUAUAUAGCAUCAAAAUGCAAGUUAUAUUUAGAAGUAAACUUCAAAUAUUAUUUUCAUAUAUAUUAACGAAAAUUUAUUUUUCUCGUUUAUAUAUUACUUAAACUAUAAUGUGGAUUUGAAUUAAUGUGUAAAACAAUUCCGUACGAAUCUUAUAGAAAAUAGAUUUCGGUCAAUUUACUUCAAAUUUUGUAGCUCAUGUCAAACUGAUUAAGAGUCACGGGCACAAAGCUCCAAAUGCCUUGGUUUUUGCUUGAGAACCUUUGGAAGGUCUUUAAACGGAAAUGUGCAGAAAAAUGUGAUCAUAUCUAAUGAAUUUUUUUUUCUCAUCUUUGAUUCAAGUAAUUCUCGAUUAAGAUUUAAUACAUUAUACAUAAUAAGCGAGGGAACUCGCAGAAAUGAAGCACUCCGUACGUGAGAAGUAACGGGACUCAGGGAAAUCAAUUUCGACUUUUCUGUACUUUUCUAUAUAAGAUAUAAAGAUCUUCCGAAGGUGGAGCAAAAAUUAAGGGCAUUUAGAGCUUUGUAUCCGUAAAGAUUUUUAAUAUGUUCGUUGACAAGCGCGUAAUGGAUCUAUGCGUUUAGUUAAAGCGGGCAAGCUAUUCGGGCUUUGAAUAUGAAACUGUACAAAAAAAUAAUUUUUGUAACAUUGGCUUCCAGAGGUGGUGUAUCUUUUCAAAAGCGCAGCGAACGUGUUAAUCAGUUUGACGUAAACUGCAAAAUCCCAACAUUUGAAGUAAAUUGAGGGAAAAUCAUUUUCCGUAAAAUUUGUGCAUGAUUGUUUGUAACAAUGUUAAAUUAUAAAAAUGAUCUCAUUUGAAAAGACAGUGAGAGAGAAAGAAGUAUUUAAAAGUAGAAGUAUUAUAAUAAAUUAUCAGAGAAAUCAUAGAGACGUUACGUUAAAAGAAUUUUAUGGACUAAAAAUUGUAUUAAAGCGCUCUGACGAAUUAUGAGGAAUGGUUUAAUGUUCAAAUGUCUACGUUCUCAUUUUUAUUAUUAUUCACUCUGCAGUGAGAGGUUUUGCGGUGAAAAUUACUACAUUUUGUAUUAAUUUCACUAUUAUGCAUACUUAAUAAGCUCUCGUAAUAAUUUUGGAUACUUUCAACAUUUUUUUCUCUUCUUUUUGUUCUAUAAUAGUCGUCUAUAAUUAUAGCUUUUAGUCCCACCAAGUCUGCUAGUAGUGACAACAAAUGUAGGCAAUGACUUUGAAUAAUUUUUCUUUGAUUAAUUUCUGCAUAAUUAAAAUACUGUGAGAAUAAGUGUUCUAUACAAUAUAAGGAUGUCAGGCACUUCAAUAUUAUUUCUCGUUUAUACGUGGAUUACAAAUUUGAUAUAGUUUGCACUAAUCUGUACACUUGAAAGAGCUCGAUUGCGUAUAAUAAUAAUGCCAUAAUAUAACAAUCUUUCACAUUAUGAUGAGCAAUAGCCAAAAAAA